AUGAGAUGUGGCUUGCUAUCACUAUCUGCAGACACAUGGUAUGAAGUUGCAGAACUGCUAGAUAUUAAGGACAUUUUCAGCCUCAGGUCUGUCAAUAGGCAACUAUAUCAAGUAUUUUCAUCAAAUAGAAUCUGGAGGUCCCUCUCACAGGCCAGAUGGUUUUCAAUAGAUGACCAGCCCUCGGUCAUGUUGAAAGAGGUGCAAGAUUGCUGUACAUAUUAUAGAAAUCGAAAUCGCAAUGACUUGAAAGUUCAAAAGCUAAUCACCAAGAUGGCAAGAUCAGAAGACCCAAAUGAGAUUUUUGAAAUUGGUUGGAGUAUCAUAAGAAUGAAUUACAGAGCUGUGCCCAUUUUGAAUGAGUUGAGACAAUUUAAAAGUGAUUUAUCCGUGAGGUACUAUGCAUUUGUGUUGUUAAUGUCUAUAAGGCAUUCUGAAGCAUUCCGUGCAAUUGAUGCUUUGAAAUCCAGCUCUUUGAAUACAGUCACUUCUGCUGAAGAAUUCUUCUUUCAAAUGAGCUAUAUUGAUCCUGCUUUUGAUGAUUUAUUGCCCUUUAGAAAAUCCGUGAUAGAGGAAGUUAUAGAGAAGGUUCAGUGUCAUCCAUCUUAUAAAGAGACGUCACCGGCAAGUUUUAAGGUUUUGUUGAUUAGAUCAGUCUUUCUAAAUGUUGUUCAAAAGUGCUCAAUAGUCAAGGGAAUAAAUUGUCUUGAAGAUAAUUCUAUUUUAAGAGUUUAUGCUGGAGAGGUUGAUGGUGAUGGAUUGAUAUUCCAGUCAAUAAUUCAAAAGAUUGCUUCAUAUUUUGAUAUCAAGACAGUAUUGACAAAAUCAUUUUUCAUCAUUGAAGAUAAAACGUUCAAUACAGGAUACUCUUAUGCCCUUUUGGAUGGAGAUAGGGCAAAAGUCUAUAGUCGGGCUCAUGUUUUGAGAACCAUUAGACUCUCAUCUGAGGAUUUGGAUAAAUUUUUGGCCCCAGUCACAUUGAAUUACCUCAUUGGAUUCAUAUUUGAUAGCCGUCAUGAUCCCUUAUACACAAUGUUUGAUGCUUCCUUAUAUGAUAAAAUAUAUCGCUCUUCACAAAUUGGUGCCGUCCCUGAUAUCAAUUUGAUGUUCAAUAUGUACGUUAGAGGAGUAUUACAAGGUGUUGAAUUCUCACCAUUUUCUCCAGUUGCGGCCAACUGUGCUAAUGAUCAGAUGCUAUCCAAAAACUUUGUUGAGAUUGUGUCAAGAUCAAUGCCAUUUGAUUUGAUACAUACUCAAUCGCAUUUAUGCUUCCAGGAGUUUUUUAGCAUUGAGCCUGUCAAGAAAGCGAUAGCUAAUGAUUAUUACAAAUUUCAGGGAUUCCAUCUUCAGCCAGAGACGAGAGAAGACUCCACAGAAGUUUAUCAAAUUGGAGAUGUGAUUUAUCACGAGCGUUCUGCAAAAUAUGGUAUUAUUUUUGGUCGCAAAUGCUUGGCCGGUGGCUCCGUUUAUUACAACACUUUUACAGAUUAUGGAGAUUUAACAAUCUAUGAGAGUAAUAGUAUAAGAAAAAUUAAAAAUGUGAGUCAGGAUAUUUACCAUUUUGUCACAAGAGAAGGAUGGAUAGGAAUGUUUUUCACUCAUUUCGAUAAAGCUGAAAAUAAAUUUGUCCCAACAAAGCAUCUACUGAAAUUAUAUCCAAAUCUAUAG